AUGUUCAAAAAGAUCCAUUCUAUAUUUCACCCCAACUCCCAGCGAAGAAACGUGACAGAUGACAUCCCUUACAGUGAUGGUGCUGGUUCUGCAGUGAGACUGAUCCGCAGCACUUCUAUGUACGUCCUUGGAGGUGAGCAGGAAAAAGUUAGUGAACCACUAAAAAAGUGCAGAAGUACAAGCAGCAUCGACUCUUGCCUUCAGCCAAAAGAGGAAGACAGAGACUGGAUGUACUCUAAGACUCAGGACUGCUUGAAGUACCUGCAGGAUCUGCUAGCCUUGAGGAAAAAAUAUCUUGAAAACAUCAAUAACUUGAAAUCCAUGCGUAUGGCUGCAGAUUCUCCAGCAUCCACAAGGUCAUCCAAAACUGGAAAAAUGUCAUUUCUUCCACUUCCUUCCAAAGAGUCUUCUAAGGCAUCCAUAGAAAGAAAAGGCCCACAGUCCAGUUCAGAUGUAAGAGAAGCAAUAGCCUUCUUCGACUCAGUCAUUGCAGACCUGGAUUCAGAGAGAUGGCGGAGAGUUCCUGACGUGGAUCUGCCAAAUGUGGAUGUUGAUUUUGAUGUUGCUACCAGUACGAGUGAACACAGUUUGCAUUCAAACUGGAUCCUUCGUGCUCCCCGGAGAUACUCACAAGACACUGCCCAAGAAGCUAAGCAAUCCCAAAGAAACAGUCAGCGGAGAACGACUGGCUCUAGGAAAAGGCUGGAAAGGCAUCCCAUGUACCUGCCCAAAGCUGUGGAAGGGGCAUACAGCACUUUAAAAUUUAAGCCUAAAACGCGCAAGAAAGAAUGUUGA